AUGUGGGGGAAAAUAGUUAGCAGUGUUUCAAAUGCUCUUGAUUUUAACCAAGCUACAUUAAGUGGUUGUAUUGAUAUUAUAUGUAUCGAAUCAGAAAUAGAAUCUGAAAUAAAAAAUGAUAAAAAAAUAAACUUAAUUUAUAAGUCAACACCAUUUCAUGUAAGAUUUGGAAAAACAAAAUUAUUAAGAUCAAAAGAAAAAAUAGUUAAUAUAUUAGUUAAUGGGAAAACUACAAAUCUUCAUAUGAAAUUGGGAAGUGCAGGUGAAGCUUAUUUUGUUGAAAAAACAUAUGAUGAUGUAGAAGAAGAUUUAGAAACAUCUCCUUUAUCAUCUCCUAGAUACCAAUAUGAUGAUAUUUUUUUGGAAAAUAACAUUGAUAGUUGUAGUAUAUAUGAAUCAUCAGUUAAUAAUUUUAAAAGUGAUAAAGAAGAAUAUGAAUUUUAUGCAAAUGAAGAUGAAAAUAAAUUAUUAUUAAAUAAUUCUCAAAAUAAAAAUACAGAUAUUUCUGAUAAACACAAUCCUUAUGAUCAACUUCCAAAAAAUAAAUCAAAAAGUAUCUUAGAAAGAAAAGUUAAUAGUGAUAACGAACUAAUUCCUCGAACAUGUACACGAAAUCGUAGAAGUAGCAAAGCAUCAUAUAAAAAUGAUAAUAUAAAAUCACACAAAAAAAAAAGUGAAACAAAAAUUGAUCUAAAACAUUCUGAUAAAUUAUCUAUAAAAGAAAGACACACAACAUCUCAAGAAAAUACUGAAAAAAAAAAAAAAUCAAUUAUUAGUAAUAAUGACGAACAGGAUACAAAUGAAGAUGGGGAUAUAUUAUAUAAUCUUAAAACUUAUCAAACAAUUAAAAAAAAAACCGAAAAAAAAACCGAAAAAAACGAAAAAAAGGGUGAAAAAACCGAAAAAAAAGGUGAAAAAAGUGAUCUAAAACAAAGCCCAAAUGAAUAUGAUGAUAAAAAUAAUAAUUCUGAGUGGUCUUGGUCAUGGGGAAGAUUGCCACAUUUAAAAAUUCCAAAUCAAGCUUCAGAUAAUGGUAGUAUUAUUUUGUCAUCUAGUAAAAAAAAAAAAAAAAAUAGAAGUGUUGCUCCAAACAAUAAGUUUAACACAGAUAAUAAUAAAAAUAAAGAAUUAAAAAAUGAACAUCUUCUAUCAAUUCCUAACGAUCUUAAUGUUAGAAAAAGAAAUUUCAGUGAGUGUUAUAUUAAAAAAUCUAAUGAUCAUAACAUUGAUAUUAAAAAAUAUUCCUUAGCAUAUAUAAAUAAAGAAAAAAAUAUCAAUUUUAUUGCAAAAGAUUCAAAAAGCAAAAAUAUAAUAAAUGAUGCGUUUGCUGCUGCAAGUAAAAACAAUAACAUGGAAAAAAACAUGGAAAAAAACAUGGAAAAAAAUAGCAUCAUUCAUAACAACCCUCCAAACAAUUUGGAACCACAACGAACUAGCCAGUCAAAAUCAACACGCCCUUUAUCUCCAAAUUAUAAUACAAAACGAAGUGGAGAAAAAAAAGAAUCAAAUUUGAAUCUUCAUCCAACAGGACCACCAACAGUACCACCAACCGACUCAACAAAAAACAUGUUCGAAUCUAAAGUCAUAAAAAAAAAAGAAGAAAAAAAACAAAGUAAUGAUAAUGGACCAAUUUCAGAUGAUUAUAUAGAUGAAGAAGAAAAUAAAUCAAAUUUUGAAAAUAAUUAUUAUGAUCAUUCAAUUGAUGAUACACAAGAACAUGUGUUUGAUGAUGAUAUACAAAAUCGAAUAGAAUGUAGUCUAUGUGGACAUUUAUUAUUGAAUCAAAAUAUAGAUAAUGAACAUAAUGAAUAUAAUAUCGAAAUUUAUAAUAAAAAUAUUUUUGAAGCUAAUAUUGUUACAUAUGAUCAAAUUGAUAGAAAUUCAAAUUUAUGGUAUCAUCCAUCUCUUGUUUUUCGAUUCGAUAAAAAAGAUCCUUAUUAUCCUUCAAGGGUUGCUUUACCAUUAUUAGCAUCUUGGAUUGUUUUUAAUCAACCUCUUUCUAUUGUUGCUGUUGAAAAAUUAUUAAAUAGUUCUCUAAAUUUAAUUGAAAUGAAAGAUAAAAGUUGGAGAAAUUGGUUCGGUGUUUCUAAUGUUGAAAAUAAUAAUCAAAUUAAAUCUAAAAAUUCAAAAAAUGAAAAACAAAAUAGUACUCUAACACAUAAAAAAAAAAAUAUUCCUAAUUCAGAAAGUAAUACGAAUAAUAUUCCUCUCGAAAAAGACGCAACACACGUUACUUCUGCAUCUCAAAGUAAUAGAGAAAAUAAAGGAAAUAAUAAUGUAAAAAAUAGUGGCCAAAAUAGUGGGCAAAAUAAUGUCAAAAAUGGUGGCCAAAAUAGUGGCCAAAAUAGUGGAGAACAAAAUUCGGUAUUAGAUAUCGUGCCUAACUCUCAUAAUGCCAUCAACUUACGAAACUCAAGUAUUUCCCAUGAAACUAAUUUUUUUAAUUUUAAUAAAAGCAAUAUUAAAAGAAGUGUCCAGGAAUCUCUAUAUAGCAAAAAUGAUGAUUCUAAAAGAAGUAUUAGACAUAAAGAUGAUAAAAUAAAAAUACGUUAUAGAAAAUCAUUACGUCCCACAUCUGAACAGCUUCAAUCUUUAAAUUUAAAAGAAGGAGCUAAUACUAUUACAUUUUUAGUAACCUCAUCUUUACAAGGAACCAAAAGUAUUAAUGGAACAAUUUAUCUUUGGAAAAAAAAUGCUAAAAUUGUUAUUUCAGAUGUGGAUGGGACUAUAACUCGAUCUAAUGUUUUAGGACACAUUAUGCCAAUAGUUGGAAAAGAUUGGUCCCAUGAUGGUGUUUCUCAGUUAUUUAAUAAAAUAAAUAAUAAUGGUUAUCAUAUUUUAUAUUUAACUGCUCGAGCUAUUGGUCAAGCUGAUUCUACUAGAGAAUAUUUAUUUAGAUUUAAAAGAAAUGAUAAUAAACUUCCUGAUGGUCCUUUAAUUUUAAGUCCAGAUCGACUUUUUCCAUCUUUUAAAAGAGAAGUUAUUGAUAAAAAACCUUAUAUUUUUAAAAUUGCUGCACUACGAGAUAUUCGAAAUUUAUUUCCUUUAAACCAUAAUCCAUUUUAUGCUGCCUUUGGAAAUACUGAAAGUGAUCACCGAGCUUACAUAUCUGUUGGCGUUCCAGAGGCUAAAGUUUUUAUAAUUGACAAUCAUGGAAUUGUACAUCAUGUUAAUUCGACUUAUGCAAAAACGUACGAAACUAUGAGCGAAAUAACCGAAUACAUGUUUCCGAGCAUUAAAUGUGAUACCAAAAGAGAAGAUGACGACCAAUAUAACUCUUUUCAGUACUGGAAAAUGAACAGUCUAACAUACUAUGAGAAAUAUAUGGAUAUCAGUGAUAGCAGCUAA